GCAAACGAAAUGGUGAAAAAUGCUGUUAGAAUCUACGCAAGAUUAAAACCGGAAAGAAAUCGGGAGAGCACGGUGAAUUAUCAGGUAUUGCAUCGUCCCAGAGGGAAUCUCGAGGAAGAUUUCUUGGUUCUAGUGUCGCCGAUUCAAAAGUUAAAAGAUUGCCCUGACAAUCGUCCCGAGUCGUGGAACUUUUCUUUCUUUCGAAUAUUCGAGGAAUCUGCAACGCAGCAAGACGUGUUCGAGAAUGUAGCACUGCCCGUAGUAGAAAGUGCCCUCGAUGGUUACAAUGGCACCAUUUUCGCCUAUGGCCAGACAGCCAGUGGGAAAACGCACACGAUAACCGGAGACCUGGAGGACGAGAACCGUGGCAUCAUACCGAGAACAUUGCAAUUCCUGUUCGAUGCGAUACAAAAGCGACCGGAGAACGUAUACUCCAUCGAAGUGGCUUACUUGGAGAUUUACAACGAGAUCGGCUAUGACCUGCUAGAUCGGAGACAGCAACGAGAUUUUGCGGUUACGAGAUUGGAAAAUUUACCGCGCAUCAGUAUUCGAGAAGACGAGGUUGGGAAGCUACAUCUGAAAAAUUUGACGUUUUACUGCGUUAGAAAUUUGGAGGACGCGUUUGAAUUGCUCCUGCUGGGCGAUAAUAAUCGAGUUAUCGCCGAUACACCGAUGAAUCUCCAGUCUUCGAGAUCGCAUUGUAUCUUUACCAUCAUAGUUUCUGCGAAACAGUUUGGCGCUGAACAGUACAAGCGAGCGAAAGUACAUCUAGUCGAUCUGGCAGGGUCCGAACGUGUCUACAAAUGCUCGAUAACCGGCACCAUUCUGACCGAGGCGAAGCACAUUAACCUGAGCCUACAUUACUUGGAACAAGUCAUAGUGUCUCUGGGUCAGGAGAGCGUGGGUCACAUUCCUUACAGGAAUUCAUUGUUGACGUCGAUUUUGAGAGAUAGCUUGGGAGGGAAUUGUCAGACUAUCAUGUUGGCGACCAUAAGCGUUCACUUUUCUAAUUUGGAAGAAACGGUGUCCACUUGUAGAUUCGCUCAAAGGGUGGCUCUUAUUAAGAAUUACCUGAAGUUAAAUUUUGAGACAGACGUUCAAAGUGAAAACGCGUUAUUGAGAGCGGAGAACGAAAGGCUUAAGCAACAAAUCAAAGUUUUGACCAGGCAAAUCACGCCUGAGGAACUGACGGCUAAGGAUAAAAGAGAUCUCGACUGUAAGGUCAGAAGCUUUUUAGAAUCAGGCGAACGAGUCUUCUGGGACUUCAAUCCGAAGAAGGUCGAAUAUUGUUUCGAAAGUUUCAAACGAGCUUUCGAAUUGAGCAAAGACCAAAAAUGUUAUCCCAAGAAACUGGAAUAUUAUGAGGAUCUAGUGACACAAAGAGACAAGGAAAUUUCAUAUUUAAUCGAUAAAAUGAAGAAGAAGAAUCACCAACUUACAGAAGCGAGUGAUGAUAGAUUUACAAUUAAUAGUAUCGAGAACGAGAAUCAAGAAAUCGUACAAGAUUCGAUAAGCAAUCGUAUACCAUUAAAAAAACAAAAACGAAGACCUAAGAUUAGUGAUCAAAUCAAAUCUGACUGCGGUGUAAAUGUUAGGGAUAACAAUUCGACGUUGAAAAACAAAUCGGUAUUCUCUGAUACCUCAGAGCAAUUGCCUUGCAAUAUUGUUAAUUUAACUUUAAGUGAUUUAACUCGGGAUCGAGAUCACACAGUUGAUCAGAAAGUAACUGAUAAAACUAAUGACUCGAAUCAACAAUCCUUAUGUAAAACUGGAAAACAGAAGAAUGACAGAAAGAAACAUAAUACUCGGAUAGACUCGAUAGUGAAUCAACAAAAUGAGCAAAAUCCUAUUGAAUUGCCAAGUGCUGAGACGAAAAUUGUAACUAAGGAAGCUUCAUUCGUAGAAGCAGAUUAUUCGGUCCCAGUGUAUCAAAAGUUUUUAAGCUUCGAUGCGUGUACUCCAAAAAGUCCUUCAACUCUAAAAGAAAACGUGAAAAUUGAGAAAGAAGAUUUCGACCGGAAGUGUGAUUCGGAGAAAAAUGAUAAGCAGUUUGAGGAUUCAUUGCCAUUGACUGGGGAUCCAGAAAUCGACGAGGAAAUCAUAGCGUUCUACAAAGCGAAACGAUCUGGAAGUAUUUACUGAUCAAUUUUUCAAAGUGCUGUUUACGAUAAAGAAUGCAGAAAUACAGUAUUUCAUAAUCAUAUGCUUAUUAUUCGUAUGUACAAUCAAUUACAAUACAACG